GUUAAAAUCAAAGACGCCUUGCCCGCCGGCCUUUCUCGUCAAGGCGCUGCUCAUGGGUUCGCACUUUCCAACUUGCUUUGUCCCGACAUCUCGAUGGUGCGCAAGCACGGGCGCAAGAAGAGCCACCGCAACAACCCCGCGAAGCAUGCGAUUCCGGAUGGUCGUUCCGAGAAGGGCCGUUCCGAGAAGGGCCAGCUGACCGCGAACGGCCACGAGAAAACCAAAUCCGACUUUGCGAUGUCAACGAGCCCGACGUCGACCAGCACCCCAACGGCCUCCACGACCUCGUCGCCGCCCGCUGCUUCGUCGCCGCCCGCUGCCUCGUCGCCGCCCGCUGCCUCGUCGCCGCCCGCUGCCUCGUCGCCGCCCGCUGCCUCGUCGCCGGUGUUUCGCGUCAUGGACGGUGUCAUUACGCUCCGUGGCCUCGGGGCGGCGGCCAGAGUCUACCUAUCGCAAGCCGAAGACGCGCCGGAGCUUCUCAUUGCGCGCAACGUGCCUCUCGUGCACUGGCUCACGCACGGCUUGGACAACGGUCUCUUCAAUGUCAUUUGGAGCUGCCGGUUUCACGGCGACGCGGCUGAUCCGGCGACGUUGGCAUGA